AUGGCCAGCCACGUGGACCUGCUGACGGAGCUGCAGCUGCUGGAGAAGGUGCCCACGCUGGAGCGGCUGCGCGCCGCCCAGAAGCGCCGGGCCCAGCAGCUGAAGAAGUGGGCGCAGUACGAGCAGGACCUGCAGCACCGCAAGCGCAAGCACGAGCGGAAGCGCAGCGCGGGCGGCCGGCGGAAGAAGGUGUCCUUCGAGGCCAGCGUGGCCCUGCUGGAGGCCUCCCUGAGGAACGACGCCGAGGAAGUACGCUACUUCCUGAAGAAUAAGGUCAGCCCUGAUUUGUGCAAUGAGGAUGGACUCACAGCCCUGCACCAGUGCUGCAUCGACAACUUUGAGGAGAUUGUCAAGCUGCUCCUUUCCCAUGGUGCCAACGUGAAUGCCAAGGACAACGAGCUGUGGACGCCCCUGCAUGCGGCGGCCACCUGCGGCCACAUCAACCUGGUGAAAAUCCUCGUUCAGUAUGGGGCCGACUUACUCGCUGUCAACUCGGAUGGGAACAUGCCGUAUGACCUCUGCGAGGAUGAGCCCACCCUGGAUGUCAUCGAGACGUGCAUGGCGUACCAGGGCAUCACCCAAGAGAAAAUCAACGAGAUGCGGGCGGCUCCUGAGCAGCGGAUGAUUGCAGACAUCCACUGUAUGAUUGCAGCGGGCCAGGACCUUGACUGGAUAGAUGCCCAGGGCGCCACACUGCUGCACAUAGCUGGAGCCAAUGGAUACCUGCGGGCAGCUGAGCUCCUCCUGGACCACGGGGUGCGCGUGGACGUGAAGGACUGGGAUGGCUGGGAGCCCCUGCAUGCAGCUGCCUUCUGGGGACAGAUGCAGAUGGCAGAGCUAUUGGUGUCCCAUGGGGCCAGUCUCAGUGCUAGGACAUCCAUGGAUGAGAUGCCAAUAGACCUGUGUGAGGAGGAGGAGUUCAAAGUCCUGCUGUUGGAGCUCAAACACAAGCAUGACGUCAUCAUGAAGUCACAGCUGAGACACAAGUCAUCCUUGAGCCGGAGAACGUCCAGUGCGGGGAGCCGUGGGAAGGUGGUGCGUCGAGCCAGCCUGUCGGACAGGACCAACCUGUACAGGAAAGAGUACGAGGGAGAGGCCAUACUGUGGCAGCAGAGGAGCGCGGCCGAGGAUCAACGGACCGCCACCUACAAUGGGGACAUCAGGGAGACCAGGACAGACCAAGAGAAUAAGGACCCAAACCCCCGGCUGGAGAAGCCCGUGCUGCUCUCUGAGUUCUCUACCAAGAUCCCGCGAAGUGAAAUGGAUGGGCCUGUUGAGAACGGCCUCCGGGCUCCGGUCAGCACCUACCAGUACGCGCUGUCCAACGGGGACAUCUGGAAAGUGCACGAGGUGCCCGACUACAACAUGGCCUACGGCAGCCCCAGCGUGGCCGACGCCACCCCUCCUUGGAGUGGCUACAAGGAACAGAGUCCCCAGACGCUUCUGGAGCUGAAGCGGCAGCGGGCUGCAACCAAGCUGCUCAGCCACCCCUUCCUGAGCACCCACCUGGGCAGCAGCAUGGCCAGGACGGGCGAGGGCAGCAGCGAAGGCAAGGCCCCCUUGAUCGGAGGCAGAACUUCACCAUACAGCAGCAAUGACACCUCGGUCUAUUACACAGUCACCAGCGGAGAUCCCCCGCUCUUGAAGUUCAAGGCGCCCAUGGAGGAGAUGGAGGAGAAGGUCCAUGGCUGCUGCCGCAUCUCCUAG